GGACCGGGACGGCGGGGCCUUGAGAGUGGAGAGUGUGCGGCAGCCCCCCCCCCUUCUCUCCGUUCCCCGGGCAUCGCGCAGACGGGGCCCCGGGAUUCCGAUGAGAAAACUGACCAGAUUUGAGCCCCAUCCCUGAUCCUCCCAGAGGCAAUGAAUGAUCUAUUUCUCUGCUGCAUAAACUGUCCCUAACCUUUCUCAUAAGUCAGACAAUCUGCUUCCUCUUGGUUGAGAGCAUUCCAAACUGUGGUCCCCCUGGGCUCUCUUCACAUUGCUGUGGUGCAGAAGAUUUAAAAUCAGCUGAUGUUCACAAGGAAUAGAGUCACGUGAUGUAUGAAGGGAAACAUAUACACUUCUCUGAGGUUGACAAUAAGCCCUUGUGCUCAUAUAGCCCCAAACUGUGCAAGCAGCGUCGACUCAACGGCUACGCUUUCUGUAUCAGACACGUUCUGGAAGACAAGACCGCCCCCUUCAAGCAAUGUGAAUAUGUGGCCAAGUACAAUAGCCAGCGCUGCACCAACCCCAUUCCCAAAUCAGAGGAUCGGAGGUACUGCAGCAGCCACCUGCAGGUACUCGGCUUUAUCCCGAAAAAAGAGAGGAAGAAAAAGAAUGACCCGGUAGAUGAGGUGAAGGUCAGGCACCAGAUGGAUGCCAUGGCGUUCAGCCUGACGGUGCCCACGUUGGCCUUGAAGAUGCCCAAUGGACUGGAUAGCAUGUCCCUCUCUCCACCUGGGGCAAGGGUUCCUCUCCACUACCUGGAAACCGAGUUGGAAGACCCCUUUGCUUUCAACGAGGAAGAGGACGACCUGAAGAAAGGGGCUGCUGUGAGAAGGAAGUUGCAGAGCAAGCUGGCGCAGAACCGGCAGCGCCAGAGAGAGACGGAGAUUUUGAAAGUUCGGCAAGAGCACUUUAGCACCCCUCCCGCGCCUCCGCAGCCGCACGCCCACCUGUCACCUCUAUCCACUUCUUUAAAACCUCCAGCGCCACCGCAGGGUUCAGUCUGCAAGCCACCUCAACCUCAGAACACCAGCCUACCAAUGCAGGGAGUGGCCCCCACCACACACUCUAUAGCACAAACGAGGCAGGCCUCUCACAAGAGGCCUCUGCCCCUCCUUCCAUCCAGUCGGGCUCCCAUCUCAGACGCCCCCAGGACUGACCGAAUCCUCAUGAAAGCCACCGCCUUCUCUCCACACUUGUCCUGUAUAAGCCGACUGCAGAGACUGGUGAAACUGUGUACCCAAAAGCAGCAGCUGGACGCGGACCUGUUCCCUCACUUAGGGCUGGACUGGUCUGAAGAGAGCGGAGAAGAGCUGGAGGACUCAGAUCAGGCCUCGCCAUAUCAGGUCGCAUGGUCCAUCCGAGAAACCCUCAGAUAUGAAAGACACACGUCGGAUGACGAUGACGUGGAGAGCAGGAGCUCCAGGGUGACCCAACUUUGCACUUACUUUCAGCAGAAAUACAAGCACCUCUGCCGCCUGGAGCGGGCAGAGUCUCGACAAAAGAAAUGCCGGCAUACUUUUAGGAAAGCGCUGUUGCAGGCAGCCAGCAGAGAGCCUGAAUGCACGGGCCAGUUGAUCCAAGAACUGCGGAGAGCUGCGUGCGGUCGAGCCAGCUUCAGCCAGACCAAGUUGAAGGAGGUGGAGCCAGCAGCAUGCAGCGGAACAGUGAAGGGUGAACAGUGCUCCAACAAGGCCCUUCCUUUCACCAGACAUUGUUUCCAGCACAUCCUCUUGAACGGCUCUCAGCAGCUGUUCUCCAGCUGUACGGCCAAGUUUGCAGAUGGACAGCAGUGCCCUGUACCAGUGUUUGACAUCACACACCAGACGCCCCUGUGUGAAGAACAUGCCAAAAAAAUGGAUAAUUUCUUGAGAGGAGAUAACUCCCGUAAAGUUCAGCACCAGCAACAGAGGAAACCUAGGAAAAAAACGAAGCCCCCUGCACUUACCAAAAAACACAAGAAGAAGAGACGGCGUGGACCUCGUCGACCCCAGAAACCAAUUCCCCCUGCAGUGCCCCAAGGGAACCUCAGCAUGCCCACCAGCGUCUCACUGCCAGUGGAGGCCUCGCAGAUCCGUAGCCCUUCCACGCCAGAGCUGAGUGCCGACGAGUUGCCGGACGACAUUGCCAACGAGAUCAGCGACAUUCCGCAUGACUUAGAGUUGAACCACGAAGACUUUGCGGAUGUCCUGCCACGGCUGCCUGAUGACUUACAAGAUUUUGAUUUUUUUGAAGGAAAGAAUGGAGACCUCCUCCCGACCACCGAAGAAGCCGAGGAGCUUGAGCGGGCCUUGCAGGCUGUGACUUCUCUCGAGUGCCUGAGUACAAUUGGGGUCCUUACCCAGUCAGACGGAGUGCCAGUUCAGGGGUUGUCAGAUAGAGGGAUGGGGGUGUUCUCCGGGGGGACCGAUGCUUCGGGAAUCCAGUCCUUGAGCCGAGAAGUGAACACGGACCUAGGGGAGCUACUGAAUGGACGUAUAGUACACGAUAGCUUUUCUAGUCUGGACCUGGACGAGAACCUGCUCCGCUCUGCUUCUCUGUCUAACCCACCUACACCCCUGGCAGGGCAGAUCCAGGGGCAGUUCUCUGCCCCAGCCAGCGUUGGCCUUACUUCUGCCACUCUGCUCAGCCAGAGUGCACUUGGGGAGAGAGCCUUCCCAGGACAGUUUCAUGGACUUCAUGAUGGCAGCCAUGCCUCCCAGAGGCCACAUCCUGCCCAGCUGCUGAGCAAGGCAGAUGACCUAAUCACCUCACGACAGCAAUACAGCAGUGAUCAUUCACACUCCUCACCCCAUGGAAGCCAUUAUGAUAGCGAGCACGUGCCGUCGCCCUACAGUGACCAUAUCACCUCUCCCCACACAUCUUACUCUGGUGAUACUAUGGCAGCUACCUUUUCAGCAGAGAUGCCCAUCAUGGCACAGCACUUGCUCCCCAGCCAGCUUGAGGUGCCACUUGGAGGAGUGGUCAACCCCAGAACUCACUGGGGGAGUCUCCCCGUCAACCUUGGCGACCCCUCUGCAUUCAGCAACCUCCUUGGCGCGGAUGGACACCUUCUUUCCACUUCCCUCUCCACGCCACCCACCACGUCCAACUCAGAGACCACACAGCCUGCCUUCGCCACCGUUACCCCAAGCAGUUCCAGUGUGCUUCCGGGGUUACCGCAGACCAGCUUCAGUGGCAUGGGGCCUUCCGCUGAACUGAUGGCCUCCACCUCUCCCAAGCAUCAACUCCCGCAGUUCAGCGCAGCCUUCGGCCACCAGCUGAGUUCUCACAGUGGCAUUCCUAAGGACCUGCAGCCCAGCCACAGCUCGAUAGCCCCUCCUACAGGCUUCACAGUAACAGGUGCCACGGCUACAAGUACCAAUAAUGCAUCUCCCCCUUUCCCCACCCCUAACUGAGUCUGUGUGCUUGCAGGCAGGUGGAACCUGGCGUUUUCUAUGUGUUUCCUCUUUUGCACCCCCUCCUCUUUUCCUGCAGAAGAUUUAAAAAUAAAAGUGGGGAUUAGCGGGACUCCCCCUUCCCAGUCAACAAGCGGCCGUGCAGUGGACCUUGCGUCAGUGUUCACAUGUGCUCCUUAGCACUGGUGCUCAUUCCCUCCUGGCGGGUCCUCGCGGCCUGGCGGUUUUCUCUGGUGGCUCAGCACAGUGACUGGAUAGGUUGAUUU